AUGGCUAUGGUGGCUGGUGGCCUGCCUCUGGUGAUGGAUACUAGAUCCAAUCUUUACCCUAAUAAAGAAACUACUCCUGCAGUGGCAUGGAUAUCAUUUCCAUCUUUACCACCAACUUUUUUCACAAGAGAAGCAGUCUUCUCACUGGCAGCAACUGUUGGGAAGCCUUUACAGGUUGAUUUAGCUACACAGAACAAGACUAGACCAAUUUGCACAAAAGUAAAGGUGAAAGUUGAUCUACUAGGAGAAUUUCCCAAAAGAAUUAAUAUUGGAAUAAGAAAAAAAAUAGGAGAAGUUGUAGAGAACUGGAUACAUAUCAAAUAUGAUUAUAUGCCAAAGUACUGUAAAGAAUGCAAACUACAAGUACAUAAUGAGAAUGAUUGUUAUGUCAUUCAUCCUGACUUAAAUACAAAGGACGUUAAGGAGCAGGGAGAAAAACAAGAUAAGAUGAAACCACAGAAGGUAGAAGAGAAGAACAAGAAAAAGGUGGCAAAUACUAAGACAACAAUAAGGUCAAGGACACAGAAAUAG